CUCAGCCGGCAGCCCCUCACGAAACGCGCACCGCUCGUCUUGUCCCUGUCAACUGAACCCGGAACUGUUUGUAGCACCGACUCAUGCUGCUGUUUGGUAAAGCAGGAGAGUAACUCAGGUAGCUUGCAAAGAGCUGCAGGGCGAUUGUUAGCCAUGGAGCGUGUCAUGGGAGGAGGAGUGCUUCAGCUGGUUUUAGCAAGUGCAGGGCUCUUGCUGCUUUACCGGAUACUUGGCCGCCUCAGACAAGGAGCUGCUCUGCAGGAUGCUGUGGUGGUCAUCACAGGGGCCAGCUCUGGACUGGGGAAAGAGUGUGCACGGGUCUUCCAUGCUGCAGGUGCACGGCUCGUGCUGUGUGGACGAGAUGCAGCUCGUCUGCAGCAGGUGGUCCAGGAGCUGACAGCAAGUUCAACAGGUUCGCAGCGGCAGACUUACACUCCCUUCACUGUCGUCUUUGACCUGGCUGACACAGACACAGUGGACAGAGCUGCAGAGGAGAUCCUCAAAUGUUAUGGACAAGUGGAUGUCCUCAUCAAUAAUGCUGGGAUCAGUUACCGUGGCAACAUACUGGAUACCAACAUCUCAGUUCAGCGGGAAGUUAUGGAAACCAAUUACUUUGGGCCCAUUGCUCUUACUCAAGCUCUCCUGCCCUCCAUGGUUCGCCGGCGCAGUGGGCACAUAGUUGUCAUUAGCAGUGUCCAGGGCAAGAUAGCCAUUCCCUACAGAUCAGCUUAUGCUGCCUCUAAGCACGCCACCCAGGCCUACUUCGACUGCUUACGGGCCGAGAUUGAGCGCCAUGGGAUUCCAGUGACCGUGAUCAGUCCUGGGUACAUCAAAACCAACCUGUCAGUCAACGCUGUCACAGGGGACGGCUCCAAGUACGGAGUUUUGGAUAAAACGACAGCAAUGGGAUGGGACCCCCGGGAUGUGGCUCAGGCCGUUCUGAAGGCUGUCCGUCAGAGGAGCAAAGAUGUUAUUUUGGCAGGACCUCUGCCCAAUCUGGCCAUCUACCUCCGCACACUGUGGCCUGCGCUCUUCUUCAAAUUCAUGUCCUCUCGCGCUCGCAAAGAGCAGAAACCUAAAGACGAGUGAUGCAGCAGCAGGAGAGGGCCAAGGGGCUCAUGACAGGGACACGUGGACCAAAAUGUGAAACUGACUGCUUCCCAUGGACAGGAGACGUGAAUCUCUUCAGUGACCUGUUAACCAUUUUGCAAUGCUACUUGUCCAGCAUCUGAAACCAACCAGACGCCUGUGUGUUGUAAGGCUGUGUUGUUCAGCUGUUGCAGGAAUUACCUUUUAAAAUGUCUUUUACUGACAAGACUGAAAUCUGCGCUGUUGUGAGCAUGUGAUGCCGUUUUUCAAACUGACUCCUUGACGUGGAUUUGGUUUGCAAAUAAAUACUCAAGCUGUAAUCUAUUUUCAGGAGUCUUGAUGUUUAACCUGUAAUUUAGAUGUUAAUAUGACCUGUCAGGCCUGGGAAGUAUUUUUGAAUUAUUUUCCCUUUCGCUGUCUUCUGUUGUCCCACUUAUGAAAAAUCCUUUGAAGCCUGCAGUAUCACAUUUUAAUGACUUGAAAAUAGAUGAGAUUUAAUUUGUAAAUGUGACACUGUCCUGCUGUGCAUCUGAUACUAGCAGUACAAACAAAUAGCAGGAUUUGAUGAAGGUAUGGUGCAUGCUGUUUUGGCACAGGAUCCUACAGUUAAAAAAAGCACUUUGUCAAUGAUCAUGUCUUUCAGCACCUGGUAUGUUGUUUCUGGGUCAUCUCUACUAUGAGGCAUACAAAGCACGCUGCUGAAAAUGAUUCUCAAAUAAAGUGCUUUUGAUACAUAUAGAGGAAGGAAAUAUUGCUCAUCUCUAUCCAGAAAAAAAAUCUUUUUUCUUUUAGUUUCCUGUUCAAGUCCAGCAGUUUUCAGCUAUUUUAUCACCUUGAGUCCAGAUGAUCACAACUGGCCCUGCCCCAUAUGUCUAUAUUCCUGUUGGGUUUGUUAACUGAGCUGUUUUGUUUUGCUGUGAAAGGAUCAAAUUCCUUUGAUGGGGACAGUCAGGGAUUCAGUAUGGAGUUAGUAGAGAGACCACUCAACCAUCUCUGGAAGAGCUGUUUGUAACAACCUGAAGGCCACAUAAAAGUUUGCAUUUGAACUGGUUUUCCACAAAGUAUAUAUAAGGAAUACAGACAAGCAGGUUUUUGAACUAUCUUUAUACACAGAAUAAAAACACCUUUUACAA